UUUCCACCUUAAGGAUUCAGCUGCACAGACCUGUGGAUCCGAAGAGGGGGCAGACCCCAGCCUGGACUUCAGUGAUGCUGAAUCCGGUUCUGCACCGACUGGUACAGAACUUUUAAGAGAGCGACUUGUGUUCAGAAGUCCGUGGAGCCUCAGGAACCAUCUUCUGUCCCAGGGUCUCCUCCAGCCAGCAACAUUCCACCCAAAAGACCCCAGGAUCGCCCCGCGCUCACGCGCCUGGUGGGCAGGAAGCGGCUGGUCGCAGCAGGGGUCCUGGGAGUCGUCAUGGUUCUGGUCCUCGUGAUCCUCAUCCCGGUCCUGGUUAACUCGGCGGGCUCGGCGGCGCACUACGAGAUGCUCGGUACCUGCCGGAUGGUGUGCGACCCCUACGGGACCAAGUCUCCGACCAGCACCGUCACGACGGACACGGCCGGGGACAGCGGCGUCGUCCAGUCUUUACCCACCUUUAUCCAAGGUCCGAGAGGGGUACCCGGGCGUCCGGGUCGGGCGGGUCCACGGGGCCCUCUCGGGGAACCGGGACCGCCCGGUCCUGCGGGACCGCCCGGAGACAAAGGCAGACCAGGCUUACCGGGACCUCGAGGACCGAGCUCAGCCGCCGGGGCCAUCAGCGCGGCCACGUACAGCACCGUGCCCAAGAUCGCCUUUUACGCGGGACUCAAGAAGCAGCACGAGGGCUACGAGGUGCUCAAGUUCGACGACGUGGUGACCAACCUGGGGAACCACUACGACCCGACCACCGGCAAGUUCACGUGCUCCAUCCCGGGGAUUUACUUCUUCACGUACCACGUCCUGAUGCGCGGGGGCGACGGCACGAGCAUGUGGGCGGAUCUGCGCAAAAACCACCAGGUGCGUGCCAGUGCCAUAGCUCAGGAUGCAGACCAAAACUACGACUAUGCCAGUAACAGCGGUGUGCUGCAUCUGGAGCCAGGAGACGAGGUCUACAUUAAACUAGAUGGAGGCAAAGCUCACGGAGGCAACAACAACAAGUACAGCACCUUUUCUGGGUUCAUCAUCUACGCCGACUAGACAACCCUCCAUUAAGCCCUGAGCUGCUAAAGGCCUCCUGGCUCAGUGCUUCUGCAAGUCUUCCCUGGAUGAAAGUGAUGCACACAGUUCAUCUGUGUACUAACCAAUAUGAUUCAGCCUUGAUAAACUGCACCAUAUUAUAUUAUUCAUUUUCAUUUAAUCAUUUCUGUAUGCAAUGAAGUGUUGUUCCGUAUGAUCAAUGGAAUUCAAAUUGUGCUGAAUCAAACCCCAUCCUCUCUUUGUGACAUCACGCUUCGACCUGCAGCUGAUGUCCUGCUGUGAACACAGUGCCGUCACAGAGCUUUAUGGUGGAUGAAAGGCCAGUCCAAGAGGAACGGUUCUUCCUUCUCAAACCUGACAACAAAUGAAGAAAGUCACGAUAGUGCAAAUUAUGUUCAGCAGCAGCUGGUGGGUAGUGGGUGCAACACCUAGUGUAAUAAACAAUAUCCCCAUCUAUCAAUGAAUGAGAACAAGGAGAAACUGGUUACACUUGAAGAGCGUUGUGAUUCACAGGCUGCAGGUUAUCAUUCAUACUAUCAACAUAAUAAACACACUCUUUGAUAGGAGAGAAAAAACACCAAGUUUGAUCCUGUGAGAAAGUCUGAAGUUAAACGGAAUACUGCGUCCUCGGGUUCACCCUGAGGCCGACGAGCAGGACGUCGUGUGUGUACACUUUGUUUGAUGAUGAGUAAAUGAUUCAGACCAAAGCUUUGUUUAUAGCUCAUCCAGCAUCUGGUGGUUGCAGGGAGGCCGGGGGUGGCCCCCCCUUUGGCUGGAAAGCUGCUCCUCAUCGUUUCUUUACCCGGUUAAACGUUGAGUGAGGUUAUCUUAAAACACUAGUACUCAAAUGUGAUGAAUAAAAGUGGUAUUGGUGCAUCCCUAGUAUCAAUAUACAGUGUAAUGUAUUUUACAGAUUAAAAAUAUAUAACUUUAGAAUCAUGUGUAAAUACUAUAGUGAUAAACAAAUAUCCUUAUUUUUUCUGUACAAAACCUUAAAAUAAAGGAACAAGUACUUGACUAUUCGCCGAUUGUCUUGAAGUUAUAGCAGUGUAACAGUGUUGAUAUAUACAUACAUACAUAA